AUGCCUGCUUUAAGCACGAACAUUGAACGAGCGAGCCUCGAGCAUCUUUCUCGGUCGGAAGUGUACGUUAAGAAGCCGCUAAACAAGGUAACGAGCCGAGGUUUGAUCGAACCGUCCGUGGAGACUCCGCAUCUUCCUUUCGUACUGCUGCCUGGUGAAUACGCUCAAUGUCACAGCCGAAUUUUAAACGACACGCUGAUCGUGCUUACGAACUUUCGAAUAUUCGUCAGCUUCAAGGAAAAUAAUGCUUUCUACAACAUUCCGAUUUUGUGCGUGGAUGGCGUGGAGUGCCGCGAAAUGUUCUAUCUGCACAUCGCUUGUAAGGACGGAAGAAUCGCAAAGGUAUGCUUCGAAAACAACGAAACAUGUUUGGCAUGGUUUAAAUUGUUGACUUCGGCCACCUCCCCACCAUACAAUCUCGAAGACGUGUUCGCUUUCGCCUUUUUCGCAUGGUGUAAAGACGAAGCGGCUUCCACUUCGUGUAGUGUUCAGUUUGAUGUCGCGAACGACGAUGCAGCAGACGAUUUGGAUGCUGAUCGUGAAAAGAUCGUCGCUGCUGAAUUCCAUCGUCUCCAGUUUGAUUCGUCGUUAUGGCGUAUUACCGCCGUCAAUCGAGAUUACGGCUUCUGUCCGACGUUUCCGCGCUACUGGAUCGUCCCCCUGAAUGUGUCCGAUGCCGAAAUCCAGGCUGCCGGACGCUAUCGAACGCUACAUCGUGUUCCAGCCGUCGUCUGGAGACAUGCGGAAAAUUGCACGGUUUUGGCCCGCAGCAGUCAACCAGAGACCGGCAUUUUCGGCUGGCGUUCGGCCGCCGACGAGACCCUCCUACAGGAAAUCACUAUCGCCGUCCGCAAACAAUCUCUCAGCACCACAAACAAAAAGCCUAUGCUAAUUCUUGAUGCGAGGUCGUAUACAGCAGCGUGGGCGAACCGCGCUAAGGGCGGAGGUUUUGAAAGUUCAGAGAAUUACAACGACUGCGAAGUGGAGUUCCUUGGCUUGCCUAACAUCCACAGCAUCCGGUACAGCUUCCAGAAGCUACGCAGCAUGUGUUGGGAGGAGACUGAGGCGUCAUGGUUCCAAAACCUCGAAAACUGCCAGUGGAUCAGCCACGUAUAUGCGCUGUUGAAUGCGUCGCACCGCGUCGUUGAAGCGUUGCACCUCGAACGGCGUUCGGUGCUCGUGCAUUGCUCUGACGGUUGGGACCGCACGACGCAGAUUGUCUGCCUCGCCAAGCUCAUGCUCGAUCCUUACUACAGGACAUUGAAGGUGCGUUGUGUUUACAUCGUAUGUCAUCAUUGCGCGGUCUCUUGUUUGUCCUUAUCUAUCGAAUCAUUGCAACUCAUCUUCAACAAGAUUUCGCCAUGUCUACUUUACUUUUUUAUUGCACAAAUUUAAAU